AGCCGCGCGCCCGCUCCCCCUCCUCCUGGCUGGGCUGUGAAUGAAGCUCUGCAGGCUACGUGGGGCGCUAGCUCAACUUAGUGUCCCGGACGCUAGAGCUGACUGAGCGCUCGGCCCGCCAGCGGCGGGCACGGGCUCUGCCGCUCCGGACCUCGGCGACAGGUUCUGGGCUUGAGCAUCUUGCAGAAAACAAGACGACACAGCUACUGUUCCAUCUACAUCCCAGUCGAGUCUCCCUACAAAACUGGGGGGCCCAGGAAACUCUGAGCCUGUGACCCCAGCGUGGGAGAGAAUAGGAUCAAGAUGGCCAUGUGGCAGGGAGCCAUGGAUAACAGAGGCUUUCAGCAGGGGAGUUUCAAUAGCUUCCAGAGCAGCUCCAGUGAUGAGGACUUGAUGGACAUACCAGGGACAGCUAUGGAUUUCUCCAUGAGAGAUGAUGUUCCUCCCUUAGAUGGAGAAAUAGAAGAGGACAAGUCAUACAAUGGUGGAGGAGGAAUAGGUUCUUCAAAUAGGAUGAUGGACUUCUUGGAGGAGCCAAUCCCUGGUGUGGGGACCUAUGAUGAUUUCAAUACAAUAGAUUGGGUGAGAGAGAAGUCUCGAGACCGGGAUAGGCACCGAGAGAUUACCAAUAAAAGCAAGGAGUCAACAUGGGCCUUAAUUCACAGUGUGAGUGAUGCUUUUUCUGGCUGGUUGUUGAUGCUACUUAUUGGGCUUUUAUCAGGUUCCCUAGCUGGCUUGAUAGACAUCUCUGCUCACUGGAUGACAGACUUAAAAGAAGGUAUAUGCACAGGGGGAAUCUGGUUUAACCAUGAACACUGUUGCUGGAACUCCCAGCAUGUCACCUUUGAAGACAGAGACAAAUGCCCAGAGUGGAAUAGCUGGUCCCAGCUUAUCAUCAGCACAAAUGAGGGAGCCUUUGCCUACAUAGUCAAUUACUUCAUGUAUGUCCUCUGGGCUCUCCUAUUUGCCUUCCUUGCCGUAUCUCUUGUCAAGGUGUUCGCACCGUAUGCCUGUGGCUCCGGAAUCCCUGAGAUAAAAACUAUCUUGAGUGGUUUCAUUAUUAGGGGCUAUUUGGGUAAGUGGACCCUGAUUAUCAAAACCAUAACACUGGUGCUGGCAGUGUCAUCUGGCCUGAGCUUGGGCAAAGAGGGCCCCCUAGUGCACGUGGCUUGCUGCUGUGGGAACAUCCUGUGCCACUGCUUCAACAAAUACAGGAAGAAUGAAGCCAAACGCAGAGAGGUCUUGUCAGCUGCAGCUGCAGCCGGUGUAUCUGUAGCCUUUGGGGCACCUAUUGGCGGAGUAUUAUUCAGCCUAGAAGAGGUCAGCUACUACUUUCCGCUCAAAACACUGUGGCGUUCGUUUUUUGCUGCUUUAGUGGCAGCAUUCACUCUACGCUCCAUCAAUCCGUUUGGGAACAGCCGCCUGGUUCUAUUUUAUGUGGAGUUUCACACCCCGUGGCAUCUCUUUGAGCUCGUGCCCUUCAUUCUGUUGGGCAUAUUUGGUGGUCUGUGGGGAGCUUUGUUUAUCCGCACCAACAUUGCCUGGUGUCGGAAGCGUAAGACCACCCAGUUGGGCAAGUAUCCUGUCAUAGAGGUACUCGUCGUGACGGCCAUCACUGCCAUCCUGGCUUUCCCCAAUGAGUACACCCGUAUGAGCACAAGUGAGCUCAUUUCUGAGCUGUUCAAUGACUGUGGCCUUCUGGACUCCUCUAAGCUCUGUGAUUAUGAGAACCGUUUCAACACAAGCAAGGCGGGUGAGCUGCCCGACAGACCGGCUGGUGUGGGAGUCUACAGCGCAAUGUGGCAGCUGGCCUUGACACUCAUACUGAAAAUUGUCAUCACUAUAUUCACCUUUGGCAUGAAGAUCCCUUCUGGCCUCUUUAUCCCUAGCAUGGCUGUUGGUGCUAUAGCAGGUCGGCUUUUGGGAGUAGGGAUGGAACAGCUGGCUUAUUACCACCAUGACUGGUCCAUCUUCAAUAGCUGGUGCAGUCAAGGAGCGGAUUGUAUCACCCCUGGCCUUUAUGCGAUGGUUGGGGCUGCAGCCUGCUUGGGCGGGGUGACUCGGAUGACCGUUUCUCUUGUUGUCAUAAUGUUUGAACUAACUGGUGGCUUGGAAUACAUUGUGCCUCUGAUGGCUGCAGCCAUGACAAGCAAGUGGGUGGCAGAUGCUCUUGGGCGGGAGGGCAUCUAUGAUGCCCACAUCCGUCUCAAUGGAUACCCCUUUCUUGAAGCCAAAGAAGAGUUUGCUCACAAGACCCUGGCAAUGGAUGUGAUGAAACCCCGGAGAAAUGAUCCUUUGUUGACUGUCCUUACUCAGGACAGUAUGACCGUGGAAGACGUAGAGACCAUAAUCAGUGAAACCACUUACAGUGGCUUCCCAGUUGUGGUGUCCCGGGAGUCCCAAAGACUUGUGGGUUUUGUCCUCCGAAGAGACCUCAUUAUUUCAAUUGAAAAUGCUCGAAAGAAACAGGAUGGAGUUGUGAGCACUUCUGUCAUUUACUUCACCGAGCAUUCUCCUCCAAUGCCACCAUACACCCCACCUACCCUCAAGCUUCGGAACAUCCUGGAUCUCAGCCCCUUCACUGUGACUGACCUUACACCCAUGGAGAUCGUGGUAGAUAUCUUCCGCAAGCUGGGACUGCGGCAGUGCCUGGUUACACACAAUGGGCGAUUGCUUGGAAUCAUUACCAAAAAGGAUGUGCUAAAGCAUAUAGCACAGAUGGCGAACCAAGAUCCUGAUUCCAUUCUCUUCAACUAGAAUCACAGGGUUGUACUGGAUAUAAAACAGGAAGGACAUUGCAGACCAUGGAUAUAUUUUAUUAACUGGGUACCCAAAAAACGUUUCCCACAUUUGGAUGGUGAAGUUAUACCGGUGUGUUGUCUCUUUCCCACAAGUUAACCAGUUGCACUACAUAAUCUCUGGAAAUUAAUCUUCUCUUUAGGAGAAAAUUCAGUUAGGCUUCUGUGAUAUUGAAA